GUUGUCCAACGAAUUUAAUUGAUCAUGUUUUUGUAAAAAAGUAAUUAAAUUUAAUUAAUUUACGCGUGAAUUUUGGAAAAAUUAUCAUUUUUUCGAUACUUUUGAUCAUUUUAAUCAUUCAUCGGGUCGAUUGAAAAAAAAAGUGAAUUUUAUAUGUGGCGUUUGUUCGUUGAUAUAUUGUUAUUAAGUUCUCGCGUAGCCGACCAAUAGGAACGCUCGGUAUAUUGUUUUCUGUUAAUUUGUUAUUGCGUAUUUUAUUGCAAGUUUGUUUGGUUGUAAUUGUAAAUUUUUGCAAUCAUGAUUUUGGUAAACGUGUUGUAAAUUUGAAUAUUAGAUUUAAUGAUAGUGAUGUGACGCCAAACUUGUAUCUACGAUGAACAGAACACUAACAAUUCGAAGAAAUUAGUGCUUGUCACGUGACCUUUUGGAAAAUGGCGCUUUUUGUGGCAAACCGUUAUACAGCGAGCAGAGAUAAGUAAUGUCAUGUCAUAUACGAGUUUGUUGAUCUAGUAUUUACUUUUGCCCAUCGAAGUGUGAUAACUGAUUGAUUAGCAAAAAAUGUUCAGUAGAGCCAGGAGGAGGGGGCGCCCUCCCAAAUCUGGCAAUGUAGAGAAAUCUAGGCACUUGAAUAUUUUGAAAAAGCCUAGAUAUUUAUUGGAUUCGAAAGACCACAGUGAUACGUCCAAUUCGCAAGUUUUAUCACCUUUUUCGCGCAAUUCGUCUCCGAUUGGAAGCGAUGUGAGUCGAAAAAGUCGAACGAAAAAGAAAACUAAGACCAAACCUAAAGCGAAGCCUGCAAAAAAUAAAAGUUAUUAUUCGGAUAACGUCGAAGACAAAUAUUCCGAUUAUCACUACGGCUCAGAUUUUGGAGAAGAGGAUAGUGAUAAAAGUGAUAACAACGAUUCCCUCGGCACCAGCGAUUUAGAUGAAAAUCGCGAAGAGCUCAGUGACAGCGAUUUCUCCGUAUCUAGUUAUUCUACAACCGGUGGCAAUAAUCGUAAAAAUAUUACAUAUCAAAGAAAUCCCACUCCCGAACCUCUAUGGCUGCAAAACCGAGAUAUUCCGCCGCUAGAAUUACCAAAGACUUCCGACGAUCUGCUCGUACCCAGAGAACAUGUUAUGACCGCAUUAUCAAUAUACGAAGUACUUAGAAGGUUCAGAACGUUAAUACGUUUGUCGCCGUUCAGAUUCGAAGAUUUUUGCGCCGUUUUAACAUGCGAAGAGCAAACGUACCUGUUCGCCGAAAUACAUAUAAUGCUUUUGAAAGCUAUUUUACGCGAAGAAGACGCUCAGCAGACUCAUUUUGGCGCCCUAGAUCAAAAAGAUAGCGUAAAUUCCGUGCUGUAUUUCAUCGACGGUGUUACUUGGCCCGAAGUGUUACGGGCGUACAUUGAAAGCGAUGGUACUUUCGAAGAACCCAUUUUACAGAUAUUGAACUCUUGCGAGUACCCAUUUACCGAUAUCGAAAACCGUCUUAAAAUAUUACAAUUUCUUAUUAACCAGUUCUUAAUAACCAAUCCUGUUAGAGAAGAUCUCAUCCAUGAAGGUGGUUUCCAGUAUGAAGAUCAUUGUCGUGUUUGCCACAAAGUUGGUGAUUUAUUAUGUUGUGAAACUUGCCCGGCUGUUUUUCAUUUGGAAUGUGUUGAUCCGCCUCUAACAGAUGUUCCUACUGAAGACUGGCAAUGCAACUUAUGCAAAAUUCAUAAAGUUACCGGUGUCACUGAUUGUAUACCUGAUAUUGAAAAAUCUGGUUUAUUAUCUCGUCAAGAACCACUUGGCUUCGAUAGACAUGGGAGAAAAUAUUGGUUUCUAUGUAGAAGAAUAUUUAUUGAGAGCGAAGAUGGAGAAUAUUGGUACUAUUCGUCCGUCCCUCAAUUAGACGAGUUACUCGAGACGUUGGAUUCUCAAGAAUACGAGGCUGGGCUUUGUCGAGAAAUCAACGAAUUUCGAGAAGAAAUCAUUAGACAAAUGACAAUUACCGAGAAACUGACAAUGCAAUCUAAAGGCAGCAAAAAAUCGUUCUUAGAAGUGGAAAACGCUGCUUUAUCGAAACUUCAAAAAGAAAGAUUAGAGAAAAGGAUACAAGAAGAAGAACAGAAACGUCAAAAAGGCAAGAAAGACGACGAUUCCAGCUCCCAGGGUGGAGAUGAUGACGUAACUGCGGAUGGAAAUGGCGAUUCCAAAGACAAUGAGAAACCCGAUUCUGGUGAAAAUGCCGAUAAAGCGCACGGCAAAGGGGACGAUAAAGAUGAAAAAAUGGAUGUUUCGGAAAAUGACGAAGAUGAAGAAGAUCUGGACGAUGAAGACGACGAAGAUGGAAGCUCAGAAACCAAAAAACAGAGGAAACGUGACAUAGUUACGCGUUCCAAAACCGGAUCUCUUACACCGAGAACGUACAAUAUGGAAGAAUUACGUAAAAAAGACAAGCCUAUCACACCGAAAGUAGAAGCAGGUAAAGCGAAUGAGAAACGCGAAAAAGAAUACCCGGAUAUACACGAAAUCAAUGGUAGCCGAUUAACGAGAUUGAAAGCGCAGCAAAUUUCUACCGGAACGUACCUAUUUAAAUUAGGAAUGGAGAAUAGUUAUAAAAAUUACACCAAUCAGUAUAGCAUGAACCAAAUAGCUUUGAAUAAGUUCCAAAAAAGCGAAGAACGCGAUAAGAAACGCCACAUGUCUUAUAAAUUUUCACUUACCACUGCCGCCGAAUUCAAGUGGCCUGGAAAUAUUUACAGUAAUCGAUCUCAACUGGUAAAUUCAUUAAGACAGAGCGUUCUACAAAUGGAAAACAGUAUUCCACCGGCCUUCAUGCAUGUGAAUUGGUCUCAAAUGAGAAAAGCUUGGAUUGCUGCAGUAAAUUCUAGCAAUACCCCGAGAGAAUUCGCUCGAGCUAUUAUAGCUUUACACGCUUGUAUUAAACCAGUAGUUUUUGCCUCCGUCUGGCACGAUCAAUUGGGGCAUACGAAAUUAAUUCGUAUUACGGCCGCCGAACGCGAGGAAAAGAAACGAUUAGACAAGAAAGAGAAAAAAGAGUAUGCCGAAGAAGAAGAAAGAAAUAGAAUGACAUAUAAUUUCGUUAAAUACACUUUGGGAUUGAAGCACCAAGUAUAUAAACAAAAAGGUGAAGAAUACCGAAUACACGGUCAAUGGGGGUGGCUGUGGUUAGCUUCGACUCGACGAGUAAAAAUCGCCGAUUCUCGAGAUUUGGGAUUAAGCAGCGGGCCUUAUAAAUACAUGGUUCAAGUUAAAGAUGAAAAAGGAUUCAAAAUUCUAGCCGUAGAAGAAAGAAUUUACGAAAUUUUAAUGAAACAGUGUAAUAACGAGGGAAAAGAGGAUAUGGAAGUCGACGAAAGUGACAAAAAAGAAAGCAGUGUCCUCGCUAAUUUAAAGAACCUGAAAGUGAUUCCGCCCAAAACUGAAUUCACCGAAAUCGACGUCUCCAAAUCGCUAUUAACACCAGGUCGCUUACAUUACCCGAAAGUAGCCAAAAAAUCCAAAUUGGAUGAAUUAUUAACGAGGCGAACUCAUCUGAAGGCGUUGGAAGAACGACAACUCGCCGCCAAAAAGGCGGCUGCUGCUACUCCUAGUACUUCAACGGCGACGACAACGACUCAACCAUCGCAAGCUUCGACGACGACGACCACGGCGACAGCGACACCGGCAACUGCGACAGAUAAACCUGCCCCUUCUAUCGCAAAUCCGACCAAUAACAAUGCGCUUUUUAACGCUUUAACUGUGAAAAUACACGCGUUGAGGUCGCAGUACAUAUCGUUGACUCAACUGAACAAAACUUACGUUUGUUAUUCUCGCGGCUGUGCUAAUCAAAAACCAUUAGAAUGCUAUUCGCCUUUGUGUCGUAAAAGGUCCCGUUUACGCGUGGAAUUGCUGGAAUUGUUGCAUAAAGCUAGCGCUCUCAACCAGGCUAAUAAAGAAAAUAAGGCUACGCCGGAGACCAAUGUGAAGAAAAUCAUCAAAACCGAAGAAGAAGCCAAGCCAACGACUAGCGUAAACAGCGCGGUGACGAAUAUCGCCGAUAUUAAAAUCUCCACCACCGAAACAGAAAGUGCCGUGGUCAAGACCGAAACAGUCCCUGCGUCAGCAGAAGUCAAAAUAGAGGCUCCAGAACAACAACAACAACAACAAGAAACACCACCACAACCGCAGCCAGAGCCAGAGCAACAACAGGUGCAAAUUAAAGAAGAAAACCAGAACUCCUCUUCUUUCGCUGCUACCGCCGAAGGUGUGAAAAUUGAAAACGCCGAACCUGUUGCUUCUGCUACCGAUGACGUAAACUCCGCUACGACCACAGCUGAAGAGUCUCAACCAGUUGCUAGUGCCAAUAACGACAAUCCUACAACCGAAACACCACUGGUUGGCGAUAACAAUGAUACCGUUGUCGCUAAUCAACCUACCAAUACCGUCAAUCAAACCGAACCGCUGCAAACUGAGACCAGUGUACCUCAAAACGAAGAAAAGCCAGCAGACACCAAUGGCGAAAACACCACCGUGAAGGUUGAAAUCAAAAACGAAUGCAUCGACAUUAAAACUGAACACGAAUCCUUCGACCAAGUCGCCCAACCUUCGUAUCCGUCUUUCUUCGCCAAUGCUACAGAUAUCUGUAACGAAGUGGAAAUCGGCGCUAAUGAAGAAGUCGAAGAGUCGAUGUCGGAAAGUGGUUCGGAUCAGAGUGACGAUGAAAGCAAGAAGAAGAAAACCGAAACCGAAAAAACCAUUAAACAAGAACAAGUUGAAGAGAAAUCUGAUGCCGGAGCUGCUCCAUCGAAAAGUACCGCCGAUGCUGAAAACACCAAAAACGAACGUACUAUUAAAACAUUACCGCCUAAAUCAUCCUCUUCAGCGGUGCCAGAUACCGCUGUUAAUACGACAACGACCACUCUCUCGUCGAGAGGUAAAAGUGCCUUUUACGCGAAACGACAUAAUAUAAAGUCAUCGAUCGUUAAACUAGAACCUUUGAGUUUGGGUGGAAGGAACACCAGGACAGUUUCGGCCUUACCAAAUAUCAUGUCUACUCCGAUCGUGGCACCUCGUUCUAAUUUAGAUGACAUGAAGUAUUCGACCACCGAUACCAAACAAAAGAUCUACCUUAAAAAGAUCCAAAAUCAAGUUAUAGACAAGAGGAAAAAACGUUCUCCGGUCAAGUACCCGCAAACUUCUACCUUCGCUACCCGUGCCAAUAAACACAGUAUUAUGAUUUUGGCUCCUUACGAGUUGAGAAAAUUAGCUCGAAAAGCUGGACGAUUUUACGUCUCCGGGUUCAGUUAUUUGGCCAAGGCCAAUCACCGAGUAUGGAAUUAUCCUUGUCCGAGACCGCUGUUUAAAACUAGCUGGCUGUAUCGUGCUGUCAACGUUCAUACCAUACUGGCGGCUGGAUUACAUUUCCGCAUUAUGUGGGCUUCGUUGAAAUGGGACGAUAUGCAGACGAAACAUUCGUUGGAUAUGAAAAACCAAGUUACCAACGAAACCGAGAUUAUUACGACGGAAAUUUUAGAAAAGAAACAUCUCGGACCGUUCUGCGAGCGAACCGAGUACAAAUUACGUAAAAUUGUCACACCAUUGGAAACACCAAAGACCAUCAGAGAAGUAACAUCGUUCCGAACCGGUCUUCGAAAACGUAAACGAGAAGAAGCUUUAGAUAAAGUCGAUCCUCAAAUAUCGGAAGUAUGGGUUGACGAAUCGAAACUCGAAUUGUGGGAAAUUAAACAAUUCGCCGAAAAAUUGGAGAAAGAAGCUUUGGUGGCCCAAACGCAAUCCAUGCUAAGACCGAGACCGUUGGUCAACACGGUGAAUCGUAAUUCCAUCGCAGGUACGCCGGACUCGAAAGACGGUUUGUUACAGAAAACCUCCAAUACCAGCGACGACGUUAAAGAACGAGUACAACGUAUAAUGAGCCAGAAUCGUAAAGCUCUCGAUGCGGCUAAUACGCCUACGCCGAAUGCUAAAUCCAUACUGCAGCCUUCCGGCGAAGGAAACGUUAUUCGGAAGUUUAUCACGAGCACGCCUUUCAAUUCGUCCAAUUCUCAAGUGCUGAAUUUACUUAGUAAAAGUGGUACUUUGACACCAGGCACGCCGAAUUCUACGUUUACGAAAGAAAAUUCCAGAUUUUUGAUCACCACCGGAAAUGGUACGCCGGUUAAUGCGGAUAAAACGAUGGUCGGAGCUCGUCGUAUUUUCAUGGCGAAAGGACCCGAUGGCAAAGCUACCGUUAUUACUUCGGCAGCGGGGAAUAUUUUACCAAAAUUAAUUCAACAAAAGGGACAAGUCGCCGUGUCGCAAGCGUCCACUCCCACUGUGACGCAAGAUGUGUCGCAGAAUGCUGCAAAUGCCGCUGCAAAUAAUGCGAUAACUAAAUUAAGAGGAAACCCUGUACAACAAAGAAUACAAAUAUCCAAAACACCAGAUGGAAAAUUCCAAGUGAAAGGAUUGUUACCUGGCCAACAACUGGUUCAAUUACCCGGCGGCAAAUUGCACGUUUUGCAUACGCAACAAAGCGGCGGCGUUACGUCCACUUCAUUGGCCGGAAAUGCUGUUCUGAAGAAAAUCGACGGAGAGCCGAACGCGCCUACCGGUGUCGUGCAACAGGUAGCCAUAGCGAACACAGUCGCCUCAGCCAAUGAAGAAAAUCUCGCUGGUAUUAUUACAUCGGAUGCGAAUACCCAACAACCCAAACAACAGAUCGCCGUCUUAGCCCAAAAUGUGAAUAAUGCCGCCCUUAAAUCAUUCUUACCAGUUUCCAAACUUCAGAUGAGUCCUAUGGUUGGUGGAGCCAAAACCACCCAGGUAAUUUUGAAAUCGCAACCCGGUAUGCAAACUUUGAUUCCUAAAACAUCUGGAAAUACGACCGUACUGGUUAAUAAUUCUGGUCAAGUAGUCAAUCCGCAACAGAUAGUUAUCGGUGGUAAAAAUAUCGCUACUCAGGCGUCGGUCGCUGUGACUCCUACGCUACAAACCAUCGCUACGCCGAAACAGACAUCUGUUGUGCUCACCUCCGAGGGUCAAAUGGUGAACACAAUGAGCCCUCUGUUGCUCAACAGCGCCAAUAUGAACACCGUGAACGUAUUACAGAACCUGGUGAACGGUAAAGCCGCCUUAACUACGAUUAACGGACAACAGGUCAUCAUUCGAGCGGCUGGAGGAGACGGAACAUUAGCGCAAUUGGCGACCACACCAGGCGGUGCAGCGAAUAUCGUCAAAGUGGUCAGAUCCGCGGCGCCGGGUACCAUUUCGAAUUUGAAUAUUCAAACAACCACCGCCACGUCCAUUCUGCAAAAUCAACCUCCAUUGACUCCGAUCGCCGCUGCCGUCGCUCCUGCUGCACCUACAUCUGUAGUUACCCAUCAACAAGCCCCGAUUACUACGACAACUAUACAAUCGCCUACCAAAUUGACACCAAAAACGCAAGUCACCAAAACCAUCUUGGCUCCUAAGCCGAAAAAGAUUUCUCCCGCGGUUGCUACCGCCCCAACGUCCGCCGCUGCUGCUCCUGUAACGUCGAACAUUGGUCCGGGCGGCGAUGCCGCGAGUCGUACUAAUGCCAGCGGAUUAACACCUCAACAAGAAGCCAUGCUUGCCAAUGAACCUCCCGGUACAAUUAUCAAAUGCAUUACCGCGCAAGUUAUACAAAGCCCACAAGGACCGAGGAUCGUCUUACAAGGUCUUCAAGGAUCCAAUUUCACGCCUCAACAGUUGCAAGUUAUUCAGCAUCAAGUUAAACAACAGUUGUUGAAAACUCAAGCUUCGGCGGGAAAUCAAGGUAUUCUUGGACCGACGAAAAUUUACCUUGCCAUGCAACAGGCGCCGGGUGCUGGCGAUGCAUCGAUUAAGGAAAAUAACGCUUCGCAGCCUGAAUCAUCAUUCAAACAAGAAGUGAACAACGUACUAGAUUCGUUACCGCCUAUAGCUCCUAAACAACCUGUCAAUCCGACCAUCAUGCCGCAACAGCAAACUAUGCCUGCUCUUAAUGAAACCCUUAUCAAUAAAACGGAAGGAAGCUUAUUAGAAAAUCAUUUGCUGUCAAGUCCUGCAGAUCAAACACGUCCCAGUGGUACAGAUACUUCGGCCGAAACCAUUUCUCCAGCUGGAGAAGGCAAAGUAGGUGGCCGAAAACGACCAUCUUCUAGCAGUGUGGAUGAAGAGACUCCAGCCAAAAAGGGUCGACGAGCAAAAACACCCAAAGCGACACCUGUUGAAAAAACCAACAAUAAAGCUCGACUUAGUAAAAUACAAGAAGAGAAGAAAUGGAAUCAAACGCAACAUAAACUACAAAAUCUGUUAUAUCGUCAAAAAGAACAACUUAAGAAGGAAAUACUUCAAAAACGAGAUAUUUUAGAGAAAGAAUUGAAAAUGCAGAUUCAGAAAGAGAUACACGCGCAGAACAAACAAAUCGAUCAAUACACCACCUCAUCAACUUCGUCGUCGUCCGUUCAAAAUCAAUCGAAUCUUUCAUCUAUGGCAAACGCCAAACGUAAAAUGACCGCAGGAGUGGCCGGCUCGUCUGCCUCGCCUUCUAAUUCGGUUUCCCAAGCAGUUCGUACCGGUGCAAACGUCACGUACACGACGACUCCGACCGCUGCCAACGCCGGUGUCCCAACAACUCCUUCGAACGCCAGAAAUCUGCUACAGAUGACCUUAAGCAAUAGAACCGGCGUACCCGGUGUCGUCAGCAGUGGCCAUACCACCAGCUCCGGCAGAACGGUUACUCCGACUGCUGCGGCUGCUGCAGCCGCUGCCGCAGCAUCCGGUAGAUUAUCUCAAGCGGCGAGUUCGCAACACGUUAGCGCGGCAGCGUCUACCAAUAUGAGGAAAACCACCGCUCAAACUGCCGCCAAAACGCCUAACCGUAGAGCCGGUAAACGUGAUUCUCGAGGAGGUGCUGGCAAACAGCAAAGCCUUAUUGGCACCGUGACCACGUCGCGUUCCAAGAAAGAGAAAUUGUUGUGCGUUUGCCGGACACCGUAUGAUGAUACGAAGUUUUACGUCGGAUGCGAUCUGUGUAACAAUUGGUUCCAUGGCGAUUGCGUCGGUAUUACCGAAGAGAUGAGUAAAUCGUUAUCAGAAUUCGUAUGUUUGGAAUGCGCUCACGCCAGAGAAUCGCAAGAAUUAUAUUGUCUUUGCCGGCAACCAUACGACGAAUCUCAGUUCUACAUAUGCUGCGACAGAUGUCAAGAUUGGUUCCAUGGUCGUUGUGUGGGUAUCCUGCAAUCGGAAGCUGAUCACAUCGACGAGUACAUUUGUCCUAAUUGUACGAAUAAUUCGAACGCAAACGUGGCGAACACGAAGAACCUGACGCUGAAGGAUUACGAAGCGUUGAGAAAAUUAAUUAAACAAAUACAAUUGCAUAAGAGCGCAUGGCCUUUCAUGGAACCAGUUGAUCCGGAAGAAGCUCCUGAUUAUUAUAACGUUGUCAAAGAACCAAUGGAUCUCACUACCAUCGAGUUACGAGUCACCGAUCGCAAAUACAAAAAACUCAGCGAGUUUAUCGGUGACAUGACCAAAAUAUUCGACAACUGUAGAUACUACAAUCCGAAAGACUCUCCUUUCUACAAAUGUGCCGAAGCUUUAGAAUCGUAUUUCGUAUCCAAAGUGAAAGGUCUUCGUGAUAGAUUAACCGAGGCGAAAUAAUUCUCGUAAUCAUUACGAGCAGAACUUCUCAUCUUCUUGUUAUACGCUUCUUAUUAUGUCUGUUGUUCUCCCUCUAUCGCCCGAUUUUUUUGUUUGUUUUUUUGUUUGGUGGUAUGUUUUAUUCGUGAUGACCUUUAUAUAUUGUGCUAUUAUGCUACUUUAUUAUUCUUUUUUUCCUGUUUUAUAUUUUAAAAAAUCAUGCGAUUUAGAGAGAGGGGUUCCCGUUGUAUUUGUCCGUUUGUUUUUAUUAAUUAUUAAUUAUUAUAUAUAGUGUGUAUGCAACCUUUACUGUAAAAGGAAUGUUGAUUAAUUAUCGUUGUAAAUUUAUAUAAUGGUGUUAACAUUUGAGUAUAUAUGUACAUGAAUGUUGCCACUUUGUUUAAUAUUAUCCCUUUUUUUUACGUUAUAUAUUUUGUGUGGUCUUGUAACACGACUUUGGUAUUAUUUAGUUACACUUUUUUUCUUUUUUUUAAUUUAUUUCCUUUACUUUUUUGUAUUGGUAAUUUUUUUUUCGAUAUUUAAGUUUUUAAAUUAAACAUUUUGUAUUAUGUAAUUAGAUUUUGAAAGUUUUUUGUAAUUAGACGUAAUUUUAAUUAUUUUCCCUUUUUUCUGUUUUUUCUUUUUCUAUAAUUUCUUUUUUCUUUUAUUUACAUGUAAUAUUAUUUGUUCCCCUGAUAUUUUGGUUAAUUGUGUGUAUGGGAAGAGAAGUCGUACUGUUUACUUAUGUGUGUGCUGGAGAACUCGAACCAGAAUGUUUACCCCCUCUGAUGAGGAAAAAAUGAAUAACUCGAACGAAAAAUUUAAUAAAAUAUUUUUUAAAAAGAUGACCAAACUUGAUUGAAAAAUGUAAUAAAUUGUCAUCGGCGUGCGAGAAAGAAAUCGUUGAAAAAAAUUUAUCUAGUCUUUCAUGAUUAUUAUCAAUGUUUGAAAGGUACUUAAAGAUUUUUAAAAAAGUUUAUUUUUUGUAGUAAUUUUUAUCCGUGUACAUACAUUUAAAAAAAAAAAGGAGAAAAGAGCGGAUAUUUUCAAAAUCCAUUCGAACGUUACGCGUUGUUUGUUUUUCGUUGUUGAAUACGCGCCUAUUACAAAAAUAAAAACGUAUCUGUGGUAGUUUUGUAGUAUGGAUGUACAAAAUGAAACAUAGAAGUUUAAUUUUGUUGUAUAAUAUGUAAUUUUUUUUCUUUCUUUUUUUUUUGUAUUAUAAAUGAAUUAAUAUUUAUAAGAUAUUUAAAUUAUAUAGGUUUUUUUUCCAA